AUGGUGAACCUGGAGUCUGUGCACGCAGAGAUCAAGAUGAGCGGUGAUGCAGCAGAUUCCACAGAUACUCGGCACGAACCCGAUCAGGUGGAGCCAGGAAAUGAACAGAAUGGGCUGGACUUUAACAGGCAGAUUAAAACUGAAGACCUCAGUGACUCCUUGCAAUCUACAAUCCCCCCUAGGUCAGGUCACCUCGUGCAGGGGUCAUCAAUGAUGCCUGGAAGCCAAAUUGCAGGGGAUAUGAGCUCUCUUCACACCCUGCAGCAGCUUGUAUUGCUUCCUGGGCACAUGCAGUCAGUUCCCCAGUUUCUUCUGUCUCAGUCUCAGGCCGGCCAACAAGCUUUGCAGCCAAACAUCCUCUCCUUCCCUCAGCAACAGGGCAGCCUUCUCCUCUCCCAACCAGGACCCAGCCUGGCAUCACAGGCUGUGGGCCGUUCUGGACUCUCUGGCUCAUCGGUUGAACCCCACCUGGACGUCCCCCAGCAUUUGCAAGUGGCAAAGCACUUAACUCCAUCAGGAGCAUCUGAGGAACCCAGUGACCUGGAGGAGCUGGAAAAGUUUGCUAAGACUUUCAAACAGAGGCGAAUCAAAUUGGGGUUCACACAGGGUGACGUUGGACUUGCCAUGGGGAAGCUCUAUGGCAAUGACUUCAGCCAGACCACUAUUUCCCGCUUUGAGGCUCUCAACCUGAGCUUUAAGAAUAUGUGCAAGCUCAAACCCCUGCUGGAGAAGUGGCUGAGUGAUGCAGAAUCUGCUCCUUUGGAUUCGUCGAUGAGCACUCCCAAUUCCUACCCCUCAGUGAAUGAGAUGUUUGGACGGAAAAGAAAGAAGCGAACCAGCAUUGAGACCAACAUUCGCUCCACACUGGAGAAAAGAUUUCAAGAUAACCCCAAGCCCAGUUCAGAGGAGAUAUCCUUGAUAGCAGAGCAGCUCUCCAUGGAAAAGGAGGUAGUUCGGGUCUGGUUCUGCAACCGGCGCCAGAAAGAAAAACGGAUCAGCUGCCCGAUGCCAUCCCCCAUCAAAUCACCUAUCUACAAUUCCAGACUGGUCUCUACCUCAGGGUCCUUGGGGCCCCUCUCCGUCAAUCCGGUGCAUAGCACCAUGCCUGGGACUGUAACAUCAUCAUGUUCCCCAGGAAACUCCAGCAGGCCCUCAUCCCCUGGCAGUGCACUCCAUGCCAGCAGCCCCGGCACAGCUCAGAGCAACUCCAAAGCUGCAAUGAACCCAUCGGGUUUCAACUCUUCAGGAUCUUGGUACCGCUGGAAUCAACCUACCUACCUCCACUGA